UCCUCGUACACGAUGCACGGCGCACCCUUUUUCCUUUCGUUCAUCGCGAUGACCGCGGCAGUGACUACGAUGACGAAGGCACCGACAAGAGCAGUCGUGAAGAUGACGAUAGGGACGGCAGCGGUGCCACAAAUCUUUGAAGAAGCUCGACUGUUCGGACAAUCAACUUCUACACAACUAACUUUAUCCACCACCACUACCCCGUUAACAUGCGUUACUAUCAAUCAACCCGGACUAUGUAACAAACGCCGAAGACGCCGGGACUCGGAAACUCGAUCACGUGCUUCACCGACUCUGGAGAACGUCUUUGGAGGUAGUGGGAGAACGUCUUUGGAGGAGCUCUCCAGCUCCUUACUGGACUCCAGCCGUCCAGAUGAAGAAAUCACGGCUAAAUCCUACCGUGGCUUACUGACUUUCUGGCAAUUCUCAACGUCCACAGUAGUUCUUACCUCCAACAUGACCACCUACGUCAAUUUAAAUCAACUAAUCAAUAUUUUCCUUGGCGUAUUGGGGUGUUCAGCGACUCUUUGUUUAACUUCAUAGAUCAUUGCAAGAGAAUUUCAUAGUAAAUGUCAUGUUAAAUUUGAUCUGAAACUAUAUUCAAUAUUCUAAUAUCAUACAACAUUAAUGAAUAUAUGAAUACAGCAAUACUGAUAGUGAGUGAUUAUUAUCAUAACUGGAAUCCAGGCCAAAACUUAUGCAAUAGACCAUAAAAAAUGUCCUUACCCAAUUACCUCUAUUGAA